AUUCGAACCAGCGAGGUUUCUCCACAUGCGUGGUACUUUGUUUCCGGUAUGAGAUCAGCGACCCAUGCAAUGAAACACAUCCCCUGACGUAAGCAGAGGGGCGCGGAGGCUUCCGACCUGAGGUGGGCCAUUGGCGCUCCUCAAAAGCCGGAAGCUAGCUGUAGCCAUAGCUUUGCCCCAUUUCCCCAUGAUGAUGUCCUCAAUUCCUUUACAACUUGCUGAAGAUUAUGACGAUGAUGCUUUAUUUGAUCAACUUGGUAUUUCCGCUAAGGACAGAGCCGUCCGCCGACGAAGUUCUAGAGCUUGCGACUCGUGUAGGAAGAUCAAGAGUCGUUGUGAGCCCCCUUCGGCGUCGGGCGAGCCAUGCAAAAGUUGCGCGCUACUCGGGCUGGCUUGCACAUUUCUGGGCCCAAGUCGUAAACGAGGUCCUCCAAAGGGCUAUAUCGACGCUAUCGAGACGCGAUUACACCAACUGGAAGCUAUCCUUGGGACUUUCAUAUCCACCUCCGACCCUCGUGCACAAGGUCUCAUUGCCAACCUUCGGCAAGAUGGUCUUGCGUCGGCCGUCAUUGACAGGGUGGACAGUUCGCCUUUCGGUACUAAGGCCAGAAUUUCCGUUGCAGCUCAAGGGUCCUUCUCUGCUGAUAAGAGUAAGGCCCAAAGAGCCCAGGGACCUCGGAAGGCCCAACCUGCCGGGUCAAAGGUUGCUGUCACGCAAUCCGAUGACCCCAACGAAGUGGAUCCUUAUGACUGGCAGAAUCGCCUUGAACGCUUAAUGCAAUUGGGGGCUGGUGCAAGUUCCCCUUCUUCCUCGUAUCCUCUGCUUAGUGAAAGUGUCGCAAAUGACACAUUGCCCAAUUGGACUCCGACAGGGCCCAGCAACCAGCGGCGUCGUAUUGGUGACCCCAGCGCGCCCCUCAAUGCCAGCACGUCGGACUCAGGUGGCAUAAAUAAUAGUCAAACUAAUACCUGGUCUCCUCCAUCAGCUCAUUCUGCUUCAUCUCCCCCUGUUUCAUUUGACACAUUUCGGAGCUCGGAGGCCGCUAUACUACCUUCUGAUAGACAUCAAUCUCACGGGGAUAGCGAAGGGACGGGUGACGAUGAGUCGGAUGAGCUUUCCCAAAUGGGUCAAUUGUCCAUCGACGACCACUCUGACGUUCGGUACCAUGGCCGAACCUCUGGAUUACAUCUCCUCGCCAAUGCAUCUGCGUCUGCUGCGGCUAAGGUUACGAUAUCAGGGAGGCGUGAUCAACUGUUUCACCCAUUAUCUCAAUCCCAAUCUGGAGAUGGCACGUCGGACAAUAAUUCUCACACCAAGAAGACUACGGAAGAUACGCCCGGGAUAUUUGUACCCAGUACAGGCCAGAAAGGUGGGAUUUGGUACUUCCCUCGUUCAGGCGUUUGGCCGGCCGUCGAUCCAAGUAAAGACCACCGCGCGACAACGCAAUCACAAUCUUCUGGAAGCCGAGAGGUUUCAUACUCACCAAGAGGCUACACUACCGGCGCGCCAUUGAAGGAAGAUAGUCCUUCCUCAGAUCAGUACAGCGCAAGGGGUUCAUCUAUCACAGAUGGUUCGUCUCUACCGGGGAAGCUCAAGCACACAGUGUCCCCGGCGGUCACGUGGAUAGGGCCCUCACAGCCUGAUCCUGAAGGGGAUCUUGCGGAGCGCGAUCCCAUUCUUGUGCAACAACGCCUGGCCAGCAUACCUACUUUCAUCGAGGAAAGGGAUCUUGAUUUGGUUGUCGUGAAGGUCUCUUUGCCACCAAGGGAUGAGCUUGACGAAUUAAUGGCACUCUAUUGGAGACACGUUCACCCGGUGUUGCCGGUUGUACACAAGGCCCACUUCCAAAGGUCGUAUCGAGCAGCUUUCGACGGGACGGGAGAUGAUUAUUCCCAGGAGAAUAGCCAGUCAUCUGAGCCUGCUCCAAAGCCAAUAUCUCUUACACUGCUAUAUGCAAUGAUGGCCUCUGCAUCAAGAUAUACAAACGACGACAAAGAAAGCGUACCAAAGAUGUCGCUGUGGUCAGCUGGGCUAGAAUAUGCUGAUAAAGUUCGGCAGCUUAUAUAUUGGGGAAAAAUCCCAAGUCGUUUGUCUACUAUCCAAGCCCUUGUCCUUGUCGGGUAUCUUGACGUCGGUGUUGGUGCCAUGGCUGUGGCCUGGCAGACAGCUGGCCUCGCUGUUCGCACUGCUCAAGACAUUGGAUUGAACCGCUCAGUUGACAAAUGGGUUUCCCACGCGGGUACUAGCGUUUAUUCUGAUGAAGAAAAGGAGGCGUGUCGGAGAAUCUGGUACAGCCUCAUGCUUAUCGACAUCUAUAUCUCUACCUAUAUUGGUCGGCCAUGCUCAAUAUUGCGCACAGACUACGACACCCAUCUCCCACAGGAUCUAGCCGAGGACGCCCUGAUAUGGGAGCAUCUUACUGACGAAUCAAUUACUUCAUCGUCCAACACAUCGUAUGUGGCAGGACCCUGCCACAUCAUCCUAUGUUUCCGACACAGAGCCACUCUCUCGUGCAUCAUGGCGGAUAUUAUUCAUAAAGUGUACGCCAUUCGGCCUGCCAGCAAUCGGACUACUGAGGCGACAAAUCUGGAAAUACAACUGGACAAGUGGUACUAUGAUCUCCCUGAACCUCUUCGAUAUGUCUGUCCAAAAUCAGACCGCAUUCCAGCGCCUCACAUCGUGACACUUCACAUGGAUUAUUGGUGCACGGUCUUACUUUUGCAUCGGCCCUUCAUACGAGUCAAGGCACAGAAGCUAAAUGUUAUAAAGUCUGAAGCAGAGGACGUUGCUCCAAGUUCGUCGGCAGUGCGUUACGCACAAAAGGCGUACAGUUUGUGCGAAAAAGCAGCCAAUAUGCUGGUUGCAAUUGUUUCCGCAUAUGCCGAUAAUUUCUCAAUGGAGUACUGUCCAGCGUUCAUUACUUUCUUCUUAUUUACUGCAAGUAUUAUGCAUGUCACUAUUUUGUUUGAUUCUCCAGGAGAUGUGCAGUCCACUCAAGCGCUGAAGAAAGCUAUGGAAAUUCUGGAGCAGAUGUCAAUUGUCUGGCCGAGUGCUGGUCGGGCCUGGGACGUUUUAAACAAGUCUAGGGCUAAUAUUCACGAGGCCGAACUUACCUCGUCUCAAGAUACUCCAGAAAGACACAAGCGAGCUGCAGAGGACGAUCUCGAAGUUUCGCAUUUCCACCCAGCGAACGAAGAUCAUCUUGAAGCAAGGCCUAAUUGGGCUGGGGCAGGCCAGGACUUCGUGCAACCUUCAUACCCUGCCAGCGCGAAAUUCUUUCCUGUUACAUCUACGGCUGCGCCUAUUCAUCCAGCAUUUUUAGACGGGGCCCCCGAUCCAGCACGGCAACAAGAUAAACCUCUCUUUUCACAUCCCCCGCAAGCUGUUCCUCAACCACUUCCCGACUCGGGUCAAUCCAUUUCUGGAUUUGAGAAUUUCACCAGCAGUUCCAUUAACUCUCAGUUAAUUCCCAACCAAUGGGCAAACACUCGUGAUCAGGUGCCCGAAGCCCGUCCUCCUAUUUCUUCAUUGCCUCAACAGCCACUCCAGCACCUCCCUCAACAACACCUUCAACAUCAAACAACUUCCUAUGAAUACGAUUCUCGAUAUCUUCCUCCACCCCACCCUAGUUAUGCAUAUCAGCCCCCUCCAUUGCAACCACCUAGCGGGCCUGUCUAUCCCCAAUUUCUUGGGCAAACUCCUAGAGAAUCCGCAUUGGUCAAUCCUUUGUCGAAUCGCACUUUCACCGAGCAGCCCUUCUGGACCGAAUUCGCCGCCAAUGAUCCAUUUGGUGACCCUUCGUCACUCUCCGCAUCGCUGUAUAGCUUGCCUCUUGUUCUUGACAACGGAAGAAACCCUCGUGGACCGGAGCCCGUACCUACUCCGUUAAACGCUCCAUCCAUGUUCCAGAUGUUCGACCGACAAGGUGUUCCUUCAAUCGAUCGCUUUGGCUACCCCUCAUGAACGUGUGUCGGUGAUAGCUUCUCGGAUCACAGGGAAUGUUCCGGCUUCUAUCCGUCUCAUUCAGGACUAGCUUUCUGGCGUCGUAUCUGUUUAAAUCUGAUAAGUUGUACCUAUUCUUGUAUUUGAGAUCUAAUUUACAGAUAUGACAACUCAAAGCUGUAUCUAUAACCUACUACAUAUCUCUAAUUUCCUUCAUGUGAUGCACUCGAUGACAAAUUGCAGGAGGACCGCCCUACGCGGAGAUCAAAGCUUCCA